AUGAUAAUAUAUCAUCAUCAUCAUCAUAUAUUCAUCACCUAUAAACGACGAUAUUUUUUGGCUAAUAUUAUUUGCUGCUUUGUAUUGUUAACUGCAAUACAUGAAAGUACUGCAAUUCAAGAAACAGUACCAGCUGUUCGAGUGGUACGAUUUCAGGUGGAUUAUCCGAAUGCAUCACUUGAAAGUAUUCAAAAGGUACCAAAAUGGAAUGCUAUUAUGCGUAAUAGUGUCCUUGCAUCAUUACGCUUCAUCAAUAAGCACUGGCUAAUUUGUGGUGGUUCAAAAUCUGAAAAGAAAAUGAAUGAUUGCGGUAAAGUACAAGUGACCGGAGAAAUUGUACAGCCGAAAUAUUAUCGAAUCAAUGCGACAUUCAUUGCUGAAAGAGAUCCAAUUCGAAAUGUUAAAAUUGAUGCAACAUCAACCGUUUAUGCUGUUGUACAAAUUGGUUUACGUGGUGGCAUUUUUCAAUAUACAAAUGCAUUAAAAAUACUUGGAAAGCCAUCACAAUUACUUACAUUUGAUGAAGCAUUCUUUUGCUAUCGUGGAUCAACAUUAAUCGAUCAAGAUAAAUGCAUACUCUGCGAACCUGGUCAUUAUCAUAGUCUCUUAUCAAAGCGAUGCGAGCACUGUCCACGUGGCUACUAUCAGCAUCGAUCCGGUCGACCACGUUGCAACAAAUGUCCCCAAGGCUAUACGACAUUAGCAAUUGGAUCACUUAAUGUUACCGCAUGUGUUGUAGAAUGCUCUGCUGGUUAUUUCUUGAACGAAAUAACUGAUAAAUGUGAACCAUGCGGUUAUUUGGCUUAUCAACCAAAUUCAGGCUCAACAUAUUGUUUACCAUGUCCACAAAAUACUGUUACAUUAAGCAUCAAUUCAACUUUAAUUGAUCAAUGUAUUGAAAAUUGUCCAGCGGGACAGGAACAUUCAUCUGAUGGUGGUUGUAAACCGUGUCAACGUGGUUUCUUCAAAGAAUCAAAUGAUCUGUUAUGCCGACCCUGUGAUCCGACAUAUACCACCGAAUCGGUUGGUUCAGUAAGCGAAAAAUCUUGCAUAUUACCAAGCUGUCAACAAGGAUACUAUUUAAAUUGGUACUACAAACAAUGCUUGAAUUGUAGCUAUGGUUACUAUCAGGAUGAAAUUGGUUCUAAUGCUUGUAAACAGUGCCCAUCCGGUACUACAACAAGGAUUCUUGGUGCAACAUCAAUUGAAACUUGUGUUUCAACCAAUCAAUGCGCAAGCGGUGAGCAUCGGUGUCACUGGUUAGCAGCAUGUAUCGAUUUACCUGAUAACGAGAAUAAGCCAGCAUAUAGCUGUCGAUGUCAACCAGGUUUUGUUGGAAAUGGAUUUACCUGUACAGAUAUUUGUUUAAAUUUAUGCUAUAAUAAUGCGGAAUGUAUAAAGACAUCACGUGGUGAACCACGAUGUAUCUGUAAGCCAGGCUAUCGAGGAUUACGUUGUGAAAUUAAAAAAUGA